ACAAAAGUGCUUAUUUUUCGAUAGUUGCGUACUUUUACGUGUUAUUUCUAAAUUUUUACAUGUAAUCGAUAACUACCUUAAAUUUUUAAAGCUUACAACGAAAUUAUCAUGUCAUAUUAUCAAAUAUAUUCAUUACUACGUAAGUGGAAGAAAAAAUGAAGUGUAUAUCAUGUUAGGUGAUAUUCAACUAACGAAGCGUUUAAUAGUUAUUGCAUUAGUUCUUGGGGUUAUUCUAAUUUUAAAAGAGUACGUAUUCGACUUUUCAAUAUGAGUCAGUCGCGGGUGGCUUACUUUUACAAUGCGGACGUAGGUAAUUUCCACUAUGGACCUGGUCAUCCGAUGAAGCCUCACAGGCUCGCAGUAACGCACAGUCUUGUGUUACACUAUGGUUUACACAAGAAAAUGCAAAUAUACAAACCUUACCAGGCUAACGCACACGAUAUGUGCCGGUUUCACAGUGAAGAUUAUAUAGAAUUCUUGCAGAAUGUCACUCCACAGAAUAUUCAAACAUAUUCAAAAGAUUUGUUGCAUUACAAUGUAGGUGAUGAUUGUCCAGUAUUUGAAGGUCUGUUUGAUUUCUGCUCUAUGUACACUGGUGCAUCAUUGGAAGGUGCAAUGAAGUUGAACAAUAAUGUUUGUGAUAUAGCAAUUAACUGGUCCGGUGGAUUACAUCAUGCAAAGAAAUUUGAACCUUCCGGUUUUUGCUAUGUAAAUGAUAUAGUAAUAGCGAUAUUGGAAUUACUAAAGCAUCAUCCUCGUGUAUUAUACAUUGACAUUGACGUCCACCAUGGUGAUGGAGUCCAAGAAGCGUUCUACCUAAGUGACAGAGUGAUGACAGUUAGCUUCCAUAAGUAUGGAAACUACUUCUUCCCAGGGACAGGUGAUAUGUAUGAAAUUGGAGCGGAAAGUGGAAGAUAUUUUUCAGUAAAUGUACCUCUAAAGGAAGGUAUAGAUGAUCAGAGUUAUGUACAAGUAUUCAAACCUGUGAUAUCAAAUGUGAUGGAAUUCUACCGUCCUACAGCUAUUGUAUUACAAUGUGGGGCUGAUUCUCUGGCGGGGGAUCGCCUCGGUUGCUUCUCAUUGUCCACAAGGGGUCACGGGGAAUGUGUCAAGUUUGUGAAGAAUUUAAAUGUGCCUACAUUAGUUGUAGGUGGCGGAGGAUAUACAUUGAGAAAUGUUGCCAGAUGUUGGACAUAUGAAACUUCCUUAUUAGUUGAUGAGAAUAUUUCCAAUGAACUACCAUAUACAGAGUAUUUGGAGUUUUUUGCACCAGACUUUCAGUUGCACCCAGAAAUUAGCAGGCCUGAUAAUACAACAAAUGCGAACAGCAAGCAAUAUUUGGAGGCAAUCACUAAAUAUGUGUAUGAUAACCUCAAAAUGUGUCAGCAUUCCCCCGCUGUGCAGAUGUCACAUAUACCAGGUGAUUUCUUCCCGGAGGACUAUAAAAUCAAAGAAGAACCAGAUCCCGAUGUGAAGAUGACUCAAGAGGAAAUAGAUAAAUUUGUGGAGCCCAAGAAUGAGUUCUACGAAGAUGAUAAGGAUAAUGAGAAGGAGACAGUUAUAGAGAAGAAGGAAGCAUAGCAUACGGCCGAUUUGACUGAUCCUUUAGUCACUUGACACGUGAAGGGAUACAAGAGGUAUAGACAUUUGUUUAUGUAACCUCUUUAGUGCAGUGAUUGACUUUUAAGUGAUUAAGUGAAGUGUAAGCGUAAUUAAGUUAAGACCCGGUAAGAAAUACUGUAUUCAAAUAAGGAUAUCUAACUUGACAGGUGCUGCCACUGACCUUUAUCAAUGGACAGGCUAUAUCUAGAUUGAAAUAGGCUUAUUUCAUUGAAAUAUAAGUAAAUUAGCAACUAAAAUGUGUCUAAACAAAAAUUUAAUCAUUAGUUUAGCAAAUUAUAUGGACAACAGUAUUUUGGGUGUUAAAUUACUUGGUACUUACUGGAUUAUUCCUAAGAUGUUUGGCUGUUUUUUUCCCAUUUUCGCAUUUCGGUUGCUGUUAGUCAUGUUGAGGAUUUGAACUAAUAUAGAUAAAUUUACUGCCAUCAUCAAAAACUCUAAUUUCCAUGACCUACCCAUUUAUACAGAUCAGUGGAAGCGGCUAUCAGUUGGUUCUGUCAGAAAAUAUGUAAAAUCCACCAGAUCUGAUGUCAGUCUACAGUUUCAUUGAUCAAUAUGUAAAAAUUUGCUUAGGUCUAAAAAUUGCCUGUUAGAUGAUAACUAUAGUCCGAUAAGGCGUUUGAUAUUGGAUAACAAAUACCGUUACCAUGGAAACCUUGCUUCCUUGAUGUCAGCUUGUAGUUUAUGGUCCCUUUCCCACAUGAGGGUUUUUUCCAAUUUUUUUACCCCCUAAGUUUUAUAGCGUGACUAUAUAGAAUCUAAACAAUGUAGUAAUGGCUCUUUAAUAAAAUAAAUAUUAUUCAAAAACUUGCUGUGAUUUCUACCUUCUUACGGCACGGAUUAUUAACGAUCGUAUAGAAGUGAUUUAGUAUCGGGUCCUGUCCCACCACUAACUGAUAUAGGCUAAGAUAGCUUAAAACGACGUCGCUCCCAGAUAAGAGAAGAAAAUCUGAUAUUUCCGUCACAUAUUUUACAUGUUCGAUUGUUAUCUGGAUAUUUACAAUUUGGUGGGACUGACCCUAAAUAUGUAAAACUUGCUUAGUCUUCAAAAUUUACCCGUGAGAUGAUAUCUAUAGUCCGAUAAGGAUCUGGUGGUACUUUAACAUUGACAGUAUUAGAGCUGUUGUAAUUCACCUUCUCUUUUGCACAUCAAGUGAGAUAUGUCAAUUUAUUUCUGUGGUCAUAGACAAUGAUAAAUAAAUAUUUUCUCAGUAAGACUUAGGACCUGUUCCACCACUGGCUGAUAGAGGCUCAGAUAAAUUAAAAGUAAUGUCACUGUCAUAGAGUACCAAAAUCCGAUAUUUCCAUAACAUACUUUAUAUGAUGGUUAUCUGACAAUUUACAAGAAUUGUGGAACAGGCCCUUUAUAUGUAAUGCUUUCAUUUGGUCAUAUCAGGAUAACUGGCAAAUUAUGUUUUUUUUUUUUUCAUAUAUUGUGUGUUCAAUAUUUUAUAUAUCCUUCAAGAAUGCUAAAUGAUUUAAUUGCUUCUCCUGUAAAAUAAUGAAAUUGCAUUUAUCAUGACUUAUGGCCACAGAAUUAUACUAAUAUAAAAUUGUAUAACCUAUAAUUUUUCCAAAGGUAAUUUACCGACGUUAUGCGGUGUAACGUUACAAAGUGUAAUAUUUACAUUGAUCUUGUUGGUUUCCCCGAACCACUGAAUCAUCAUGUAACAUGUAACAUUACCGUGAUGUUGGUACAUCUUGGUUAGUCUUUUUAUAUUUUAAGUUUAAGUGAAUAAUGCUCAUUGGCUUUUAAUUUCUUCCUCUAGAUAUAAGUUUUAAUAAUAGAAAAUUAAUGGUAUUUUUUAACAUUAUUUUAUCAUCU